GCCACGGUCAACGACGUCGAGGUCUCUGGGAAGGUCGUUAGCGUGGAGCUCAACGGCAAUGCCCCGUCGUACAAGGGCAAGUGGGAGUCUGGGCAGGAGACGUUCAUGUCCGACGAGCAGCUGCGUCCGCACAUGGACUCUGCGAAGGAAUCGCCAGAGAAGAAGCGGCAGAGAGCGGAUGCACCAUCAGCCCCUGAGGAUUUGGCCGCGUGGGAGACUGCCAUGAAGAUGGCCGUAGACAUUCCCGUCGGCAAGUGA